GGAACCUUUGAAUUCUUUGGAUGCUUAGGGUUAUUAUGAUUCUUUGGAUGUUUUUGAUUCUUGGGAUUUUUAUGCGUCUUUGGAUGUUUUUGAUUAUCAUUAUUUUUCGUAUUAUCAGCAUUAUUAUUCUUUUCUUUUACAUUUCCUUUUCCAUCUUCAUGAUUUUGAUGUAUUGGUUGUUUAUGAUUUAUAGUUAUAGUAACGGCUCUAGGUUUUAUCGAAUGUAAUAUAGGAGAUAAAGGAUUUUCAAAUAUUGAAGAGGGAUUAUUUGAAACAAUUUUACUAUUAAUUGAAUUAGCUAUUGAUAUUGUAAAUAAAAAAUUUAGUAAAAUUAAAAAUA